AUGAAAAAAGAUUCUUCCACCAAAAGGCCAUAUGAGAAAGUCUCAAAAAUAAAAAGACAGAACCUUGUCAAGCUAGUGUUCCAUCAAGGAAUCAAAAUAAAACAUGCUGCCAAACAGCUCAAAAUAAACUAUGCCGCUGCCAAGACUGUUAUCAGUCAGCACAGAUGCAAUGUUAUACUACAUAAUAUACAAUACAAGUCCAACCAAAGGUGUGGAUUUUAGAAAAUCAAUAAUACUAACAGAUCAUUCGGCUUAAUAUCAAAACUAGCUGGAGAAAUCGUAAAAGCUACUAGCCAUACCAUACCGGAGUAAAAGAAUGUUUGA